AUGAAGGAUUUGAGCAAGAUUUAUGUUAAAUCCUGGCAAACAGGAUUUAGGGAAUUGUUAAAUCUAACAGUGAGUAAAAUCCUUUGUUUCCCUCUUUUUGCCAUAAAUAUCACGUUUACUAAGUUUGGGAGUUUUGCGGAUUUACUAGAUUUGGCUGAAGAAGAGUGCGAAAGGAAGAAAGAUGGUUACCUUAGCAACAAGCAAGCUCCCGUCGUGGUCGUUCCUUCCGAUCCAACAGAAAACGGCGAGGAGGUGGUACCUCAGAUCCGACAGAACGAAACGUCGUCGAAUGAGGCAAAGAAGUUAUUUAGCGACUCCUUCAAAACUACCUCUCAUAUGAAGCAGUGGGCAUUUCCACAUCAGUUGGAGAAAGAAUCAGCUGCGAAAGGAAUUCCUUUUGGGCAAGCUAAUGACAUAGAUAUCCCUCCUCCACGACCUAAGAGAAAGCCUAACAGUCCGUACUCUCGUAAAACUAGAGUUUGUUGUGUACCUCCUGAUGCAGAAGCAGUUGAUGAGAAAACAUUAACAUCCAUCAGUUACCGCACAAUCAAUAAGCAAGACUUUCACUUGGAGAAAAAUGCACCAGUAGAUGUUUGCCCUCCAUUAAAAUCAGUGCAAGGAACAGAUGUCUUUUCUGAUGGGAGUAAUUGUUCGUUAGUUCUAAAUCUUUUCCAAAAUGCUCCAUCUACUUCGGUCUGCUCUGACAACAAAGACUCAACCAAACCAAUAGGUUUCAUAGAGUUUGUUCCCAUGGUGAAAGAACCAAAAGAGUUACAGAACGUGGGAGGAUCUUCUCCGUCAUUUGAACUCAAUAGGGAAUCUAGCAUGAAUGUCAUGACUAUAUCAGAUCAAGCACUAGAUAGGAUAAAUGGAGUUAGCAUUGAUCUGCAUGAACUACAAACAAGUUCUGAUAUUCAGCAAGAUGCUCAGGGCCAUGAAGAUCAGGUAGCUAAAGGCAUUCAAUCAACCUGCAUUGAUGGAAACCCUAAUGUUACAGUUGAGAGUGGAGGUUUCCCUUCCAGUGCUAGUCCAUUUAUGAACCACCCAGUAGCAAUACCUUUUGGAUUCCGUUCCAGUUCGUCAAUUUCCUCCCUUCAUCAGCCAGCUUUCCCUCCAUUUGCUCGGUUCCACAGUAGCCAGGAUUUCUACAGGUCAUUCCUUGGUUUUUCGUCAAAUUUUUCUAGUCUCAUAAUCUCAACCUUGCUGCAAAAUCCAGCUGUGGACGCAGGGUGUAUGGCCGCAUCUCUAUGGCCUUCUGGAGAAAUGGAUUCUUUAAUGGAUUCCUCGACUAUGGCAGCUAUUGCUGCUGCGACAGUUGCUGCAGCAGCAUCAUGGUGGGCAUCUCAAGGACUUCUCCCAUUCUUUCCUUCCAACCUUGCAGCCGGGUUUACAUGUCCUCUACAACCCGAUGCAUUUCCCAAUGUGAACACAGGUCAGUCUCCACAUGAUAAAAUGGAAGGAGACAAUGCCUACCAGAAUUCUUCAACAACUGAUCAGAAAGAUAUAGCCGUUUGUCCUGAAAGAUUGAGAUACUUGAAAACACACACUUCCUCAUCAAAACCACUGUUACACUCAUCAUCAGAUUCAGAAAUUGGAAAUGAAGCCUCUAAUGUCAACAAUGUAAAAGCAUUUUCUUGUAAUAAUAAUUCAGAUGAAGCAAUGAUCAGUAAUAAACCAGAACGCUCUUCUUGUGGCUCCAACACUCCUUCCAGCAAUGAAGUGGAGACAGAUGCAGCGCUCAUGACUAAUGUUGAAAAAAAAGAUGAGGAUAAACAAGUACAAUUCCAAAAUCUUCCACUUGGUGAUUUCAAUGUUCAUCGUGCUCGAAGUAGUGGAAGCAUGAAUGAAUCGUGGAAGGAGGUUUCCCAAGAGGGUCGUCUUGCUUUCCAAGCACUUUUUGGCAGAGAUGUCCUACCUCAGACCUUUUCACUUCAACUUGUUAAGGUUGAAAAGGGAUUUCCAAAGGACACGCUGGCGGGAAGAGACAAGGUUGAUGAAUGUGGCUUUCUUUCAAACAAAAUUGGACAUGGAAAUGCGAAACUGCAUCGAACCGGAUUCAAACCUUACAAGAGGUGCUCUGCACAAGUUGAGGAUAAUAGUUCAGCUCAUAACGAAACCAGUAACAAGAGAAUUUCUAUACGAGAAGCUUCGUCUUGACAAAACUUCUCUGAUUAUCAUGAUGAGCUCGCUGUAGAUUGUAGCUUCUAGAUCAUGAAGCCUGCCUUCGUGCAUCAGAUCUUGAAUACUUUGCGUGUACAUCGUAUCUUCUUUUUGUCGUGGUAACUGGGGGCAGACAAGCAGCGACGCUUUGCAGUAAAGUGAACUGCUUAGAAGCUGCCCAUCUACGGCUGGUCAGAGCUAAUCUAAUGUCGCUCAGCAUUGUAAAUUAGCAGUCUAAUUACCCUGUGCUGUUAUGUAAAGUCAGUUACUCUUCUAUCUAUUUAUAAAGACGUCCUAAUAUUCAUCUCCUACUGCUCCUCUCCAAACAAUAAACUACUUCUAAAAUUGUAAGAGGUGUGAGGAAAUAAAACUUACUUGGCCUCACACUUUUAGGAUGAGUUUAUUUAAUUACAAGUGCGCAUAUAAUAAUGCGUUGUCUCAAAGCACUUUUGUAGAAUCGAUUAAUUAAUAUUUUGCCUGCAAAACUGUUGCUCUCUCA